AUGCAGGCUCCGCCCCUCCAGUAUGAUUUCUACAGUGAGGAGAACGCGCCCAAAUGGAGAGGACUGCUGGUGCCAUCACUCAACAAGGUGCUGAGUCAGGUGCACCCGAAGCUGACGUCCCAGCAGGAGGCGCUGCAGUACAUCGAGGGUCUGAUCCUGGUGCUGCUCAACACCCUCUGUCAGGCUCAGCCUCGCACCGUACAGGACGUGGAGGAGCGUGUUCAGAGGAGUUUCCCGCACCCCAUCGAGAAAUGGGCCAUCGCCGACGCUCAGAACGCCCUCGACAAGAGGAAGAGGAGGGGCCCGCUGGCACUUCCUGUCGACAAGAUCCACCCGCUGCUCAAGAGCCAAAUUGUGAAACUGUCAGUGUCGUGCAGUACCGCUGCUGUCCAGAGGAGGUCAGUAGAGGGCUUCACUCAGGUCCUUGUGCUCGUGUGUGUCCUGCAGGAGGUUCUGGGUUAUAAGAUCGAUCAUCAGGUGUCGGUGUACAUCGUGGCGGUGCUGGAGUACAUCUCUGCAGAUAUCCUGAAGCUGGCCGGAAACUACGUGAGGAACAUCCGGCACUAUGAGAUCUCGCAGCAGGACAUCACUGUGGCCAUGUGUGCGGACAAGGUGGAGGAGGACAUCAGUGUGUUUCCUCUGAUGGACGAGGAGCCGUCGGCGGCUGAGGAGCAGAUGUACUAUGAUCUGGUGAAGGCCUUCAUGGCGGAGCUGCGUCAGUAUCUGCGCGACCUGAACCUCAUCAUCAAGGUUUUCCGUGAGCCCUUCGCCUCCAACACCAUGCUGUUCUCUCCUCACGACGUGGAGAACAUCUUCAGCCGGAUCGUGGACAUCCACGAGGUGACGGUGAAGCUGCUGGGGUUGAUCGAGGACACGGUGGAGAUGACGGACGAGGGCAGUCCUCAUCCGCUGGUGGGCUACUGCUUCGAGGACCUGGCCGAGGAGCUGGCCUUUGACCCCUACGAGACGUACGCACAGGAUAUCCUGCGCAGCGGCUUCCACGAUCACUUCCUGAGUCAGCUGUCCAAGCCCGGAGCGGCGCUGUACCUGCAGUCCAUCUGUGAAGGCUUCAAGGAGGCGGUGCAGUACGUGUUGCCACGGUUACUCCUCACGCCCCUCUACCACUGUCUGCAUUACUUCGAGAUUCUGAAGCAACUGGAGGAGAAGAGCGAGGAUGAGGAGGAUAAAGAGUGUCUGAAGCAGGCCAUCACCGCCCUCCUGAACCUGCAGAGCAGCAUGGAGAGAAUCUGCUCCAAGAGCCUCGCCAAGAGACGCCUCAGGUGUGUGUGUGUGUGUCUGUUCAGGUAUCUGCAGGAGGUGGGCUACACCGACACCAUCCUGGAUGUGAAGUCUCAGCGGGUCAAAGCUCUGCUGGGUCUGUCUGACAGCGGAGAGAGACCUGGAGACAAGCCCAUGGUGAACGGGACGGAGCCGGCCUCGCUGAAGGACAGCACCACCACCGUGAUCGGUAAAGCGGAGAUGUCGGACUCCGUCUCGGUGCUGGAAGCCUUCAAGUUCAUCGAGAAAGCAGCCGCAGAGUUCAGCGAUGAAGACGAGGAUGAAGACAGCGAGGGACAGAACAAGAGCGUGGUGGACCUCUCCACCAUGGUGAGGAGGAAGGUGUCUCCGUCUCCCUCCUCUUCCUCAGCUGACAUGAGCGAUGACUUGGACACAGACGAGGUCCUGAAGGGAUUCGACUUCCUGGCCAACAGUGAGGACAUGGAGGGCUCGUCCGAAGCGCCGUCCUCCGACUGGGAGAAGGAAGAGCAGAGCCCCUCGUCUGAGUCCUGGGACGUGGAUGAGGGUCUGAUCUCUAAACUCAAGGAACAGUACAAGAAGGAGCGCAAGGGCAAGAAAGGGGUGAAGAGGCCGAACCGCUGUAAGCUGCAGGAUAUGUUAGCUAACCUGCGUGACGCAGAGGAUCUGUCGUCCAUCCAGCCGCCGGUGGCUCCUCCGUCCCGUCCCAGCAUGCCCCGCCUCAGUGACCCCCCGCUGGGGCGCACCGACGAGGUGGAAGCGCUGACGUUCAUGGGAACAGACGAGGCUCUGGAGAGCGAGCUGGGUCUCGGAGAGCUGGCCGGACUCAGCGUGGCCAACGAGGCCGAGAGUCUGUCCUACGAUAUCACUAAUAAUAAAGACGCUCUGCGGAAGACGUGGAACCCCAAGUUCACGCUCAGGAACCACUUCGAUUCGAUCCGUGGUCUUGCGUUUCACCCCAUCGAGCCGGUUCUGAUCACCGCGUCUGAAGAUCACACGCUCAAGAUGUGGAACCUGCAGAAAACUGCUCCGGCCAAGAAGUGCGCCGCUCUGGAUGUGGAGCCCAUCUACACUUUCAGGGCUCACAGGGGUCCGGUUCUGUGUGUGGUGAUGAGCUCCAGCGGUGAGCAGUGUUUCAGCGGCGGUCUGGACGCGUCCAUCCAGUGCUGGAACACACCGAGCCCCAACAUCGAUCCGUACGACUCAUACGAGCCGUCGGUGCUGCGGGGGGCGCUGUCUGGACACACAGAUGCAGUCUGGGGUUUGGUGUACAGCUCGGCUCAUCACAGACUGCUGUCGUGCUCUGCUGACGGGACGGUGAGGCUGUGGAGCGCAGCGGAUACGUCACCCGCCAUCGCUGUCUUCAACGAGAACAAAGAGCUGGGCGUCCCGUCGUCGGUGGAUCUGGUCUGCAGUGAUCCGGCUCACAUGGUCACAUCCUUCACUAACGGCCGGACGGGGAUCUUCAACAUGGAGACACGACAGCUGGUGCUGGAGCUCGAGUCGCAAGCGGCCGGAGAACCCGAUGCACCGUGUCAGAUUAAUAAAGUGCUCAGUCACCCGACGCUUCCCAUCAGCAUCACAGCACAGGAGGACCGACACAUCCGCUUCUACGACAACAACACAGGCAAGUUGAUUCACUCGAUGGUGGCUCAUCUGGAUGCGGUCACCAGUCUUGCGGUGGAUCCCAACGGUCUCUAUCUGAUGUCUGGUAGUCACGACUGCUCGGUGCGUCUCUGGAACAUGGAGAGCAAGACGUGCAUCCAGGAGUUCACGGCUCACAGGAAGAAGUUCGACGAGUCCAUCAACGAUGUGGCGUUCCACCCCACCAAGUGCUACAUCGGCAGCGCCGGAGCCGACGCCCUCGCCAAAGUCUUCGUAUGACCUUCGAACUUUGACCAAAACUGCUUCCACAAACUGAUGAACUCGCAGGGACCGCUCUGAUGAUCCGGGCAGGCCUGGGUGCUGGAGGGGAGGCCAACAAACACAGAGGAACCUCCAGACCUCCUCCGUUCAGCCUCAACAGGAAGUCGGGUGCCUCCCACACUUCUGCAGUUUUAGUUCUCCUCUCUGGUUUCCCGUCUUGCGUUCGCUCCGUUUUAACGACGUGCCUUUUGCUACAAACAGUCUCGAGAAAUGCGGAUUCUCUUAGUCGAUGCUGACCAAAUGCAUCACAUUAUAUUCAAAAUCUCGAUGGGAUGCAAUGAAUUGCAUUGUAUUAAAAACUCAAUUUCAGUGCAUCUCUUGUCUGGCAGACAAUGAAUUCAAAUUGUACAUAAUAUAACAUAACAAUAACCCGCAGUACUAAAUUUCUCCAUGUUUGUGUCCAAAUAUAAAUCCAUCAUCGUUUGAUUCACUUCGCCCCAAAAUCAAGAAAAUAAAACCUGUUUGGUUUUUUUUUUGCAUGAUGGCAUUUUUUAUAAAAUGUCAGAAUGUUAAACUAUUAGAUCUCAGUUUUUUUAUAACUCUGUGAUUUUUGUGGUGAAAUACGUCCUGGAUGAUGUUCUUGAGAUUCAAGCGUCAACCAUCAGGACGCACGUCUCGAUUUAGUGCUGCGUUAAAUAUUUACGCUGUAUUUUACUUCAGUUUCUCUUGAGGGUUUGCAGUCGGUCCAGUGAAACCCGCCUGUUCUGUGAAAUCAUCUCAACAUUGUGAUGUACCGACAAACACGGAGACAAAAUUUUAGAUUUAGAGCCGUUACUGAAUAUUCGUUGAACUUCGUCAAAGUGAUAAUGCGCAGAAGUCUUAUAAUAGUUUGAAUGUGUUGCAGUUUUUGACAAGCUGUACUCAAAAGUACAAUGAUUCAGAAGUCUAUAUUUGUCUGAAAUCUGUUGUUUUUAUUUAUUUUUUGCCUUUAUUUUUUUGUACUUGUUUUGCCUGUAAUGCCAAUGCAUUAGGAUUUCGCUUCAGGAAGGGACGAGCGGCUAUGUUAAGUACAUAAAAACGCUCACUCAUCCUCACCUUCUCUACCUGCACAGGUGGUGGUUUGUGUAUUAGCUGAAAAUAAUUUGAAAUCUAUUUUAUAUGUAAUAGUUUGAAGCAGAUACUAGUGUUUUUUAUCAUUGUAUGACCGAGGUUGCAAACAGAUCGUAACCCGAGUUUCCUGCAGGUUGAGGUUUUUUAUUUAAACUCUUCUGGUUUAUUUGAAUUUGUCUGUGAUUACUUGAACUAUUUGGGCGUGUGUGCGUGUUUUUAACUGCUAGGGUAGAGAUUUUCUGCUUUUAUGGGGAAUCGUUUGCCUUUAACUGAUGACAUGAGCACUACAAGACGAGCGAAGUGUUUGUGUGUUUCCUUCAGGUCUGUGAAAAGUAACGCGAGUUUGCUACUCUACCAAAUGAUGAUAAAGGACUAGUUUAGACAAAUAUGAAAUCCAUCACUGUUUACUCACCUUCAUGUCACCGCAAACUUAUAGAAGCUUGUUUCUGACACAGGAUAAAGAAAUCGGAAAUUUUGCGAAAAAAAAUCGCAAUUAUUAUGAGUUUUUGUCUUACAGUUGUUUUUUUCUCUGCCACGAUAAAAAAAAAAGGUUGUGACAUUUUGCUCAAUUUAGUAAACGUCUUGCAAUUUAUUUUCGCCUCAGAAUAAAAAAAAAUAAGGUAUAAAUGUAAAUGCUGAUUUUUAUCUCAUAAUUAGUACUUUUAGAAAUUUAAGAUCUAAAUUCAUGAGAGAAAGUCACGAUGGCCUUAAAAAAAAAAAGUAAAUUCUAUGGGCAAAAAAAAAACUGAACUGCGAAUUGAAGUUAUGACCAUCAGAAUACAAGGACAUUUUUGAUUAAUGAGUUUCUUGCUAUUUAGUUUCUUGUAAUUCUUUGAUCUCAGACUUGCACGUUUAUAUCCAAAUUGCAUGAUGAUAAAAAGUCGCAAUUACAUUUUUCAUUUAUUACAUGGCGAAAAUUUUUACGAAUUUCAAGAUGUUAAAAUCCUCGGGAAAAAAGUCUGAAUUGCGAAAUGUAAACCUAGAUUUCCGAAGAAAUUUGCGCAUUUUUUAUCCCGCAAUUCUGAGUUUAUUUAUUAUGAGUUUAUAUUAAACUCACAAUUGAAACUCUCAAUUAUAAGAAAAAGUCUGAAUUUAGUGUUUACAUUUCGGAAUUCUCUUUUUUUUCUGAGAAUUGUUUAUAUCGCAGUUUGAACAAUAACAACUCUUUUUCUCUCAGAAUCCCAGAAUUGCGAGUUUAUUUUUUUAAAGACCUUUUUUUUACGAAUUGCGAAAACGGCCUUCCGUACAAACCCAUUUGACACAACGAUGCUCUUUUGCAUUUUAAGGUGUGGAAAACAAGCUGCCUCACAUUGACCGGUGCAUUUCAUAAAGAUUACAACUGAAUUUGAUCGACAUGACGGUGAUUAAAUAUUUUUUUUUAUUUGUUCAUUCUAUUCCUUUAAAAUUCGAGGCGCACUUAACGUUAAGCUCGUGCACAUAGCGCCGGUUUGGGACGUUGCUAGGGAACCGUGUGCGUGCGUGCGUGUCCGUGUUUUCGUACUAGUAAAUAUAUUUUCUGAUUUCGUUCAUUUUGGUGCAUAUUAAUUUUAGAUAUAUAAGAAUCUCAAUAUGUAUAGUUUUAAAAUAUUGAUCAACACUCUAUUUAUGAACCAGAAUACAGUGUAUAUUAACCUGCGAAGCUAACAGUGAAGAUUAACUAAUAUUUGUGAUACUAGUCGCGCGGGAGAGUUUAGUUUGCGCCACCUGCUGGUCAGAGAUGGGAACUCGGCUACUGGAGAUACUAAAGUGCUUCUGAUUAUUUGGUUACUGAUCGAUUGACGUGCUUACCGGAAACAUCAGAGUAUUUGAAGGGAACGAUGACGUGAUUUGAUUGGACGAUGAUGUCAUGACGGGACGCGCCUGAACUUUUAACCCUUUGGUUGUAUAGAGAGAGUUUGGAAAGAUCGUGUUAAUAAAUGCUAUACUCCUCUUGUACAUAUUUUAUUAUGAAUAUUACUGUUUAUUCUUGAUUUCUCGUUGUAUUCUCUUAUUUUUUCCUCAGAUGGACAUUUAUCAAUAUAAUACAAUAAUAAAAGAAUAUGUUGUAUUUC